AUGGGUGAUGUUCAUAAAAGCAAGACGCUUUUUAUUCAGAAGUGUUCCCAGUGCCACACCAUGGAAAAGGGAGGCAAGCACAAGACUGGGACAAAUCCCCAUGGUCUUUUUGGGUGGAAGACAGGUCAGGCUGCUGGAGUCUCUUAUGCAGACACCACUAAGGACAAGGGCAUCACCUGGCGAGAGGAUACACUGAUGGAGAAUCCCAAAAAGUACAUUCCUGAAACAAAAAUGAUCUUUGCAGGCAUUAAGAAGGCAGAAAGGGCAAACUUGAUAGCUUAUCUCAAAAAAAGCUAUUAA